UUAUCCGUAAAUGAUUCCCAGUGGAAGACCACAUAGCUGAGUGGGAGGUACCACGCUCAUCCUUGACAACUCUGAUCAAGCUCUCCCUGUGCGUAAGAAUACUCCAACAUCGAGGGCAUACGGAAACGUCAAGACGAGAGAAGUGAGCUCGGAAUCUGCGAGCAGGUCCAAUAGAGGGGAUAAAUUCCUCCGAAAAACGUCCCGGGAUGAACUGCCCAUCCCUCACGUUUGAAAUGGACUUCCGUUGACAACGGACGCCGAGACCACCGUCGCCGUUGUCGCAGCUCCAUUCCACGAAGCGCACAGAAGUUUCUUCUGGAGCUCGCGCUGUUCGACUCCCCGUCUCUCACUACGGAAUCGUCGCGAUAUCGUCAUCGGAAAAACAUGGGGGCGAAGUGCACAUCAAUGAGCGGCAAUUAUAAAGAAGCUAAGCUUCGAUCUGAAGAGAUUGAUCGACAAUUGAAUCAAUUCGCCACUCAGGAGAGUAAUGUCUCGAAGAUGCUGCUUCUCGGUACCGGCGAAAGCGGGAAGAGUACCUUGGUCAAGCAAAUGAAAGUAAUCUACAACGAAGGCUUCAGCGAUGAGGAACUCCUGUCUUUCAGACCGACCAUUCUUGAUAAUCUGUUGAGCUCAAUGAAGUAUACUCUCGCAGGUAUGGGCCUGCUCCGGAUCCGACUAGAGAGCUCGCGGAACAAGUCAGCUGCGAAAAUAAUCCUGUCACAUGAACCAAUCCGACCGGUAUCGGAGAAUGAGACGAAUUACCAUUACACGUUGAGUGAGACAACGAUAAAAGCGCUACAGGCGCUCUGGAAGGACAAGGGCGUGCGGACGGCUGUCAUCAGAGGUCACGAAUACGAACUCAAUGACUCAGCUUUAUACUUGUUCGAGAACAUCGACCGGAUCACGGCGGAGAAAUACGAGCCAACUGUGCGGGACGUUCUGCGAGCGAGGGUUCGGACCAAUGGAGUCAUUGAGACGGACUUCAUUGCUUGUCAAGGUGCUCUGAGGACGCGCGUGCUGGACGCAGGAAUCUCGUUGACGUCCGCUACCCCUCAAUGGACCAUAGCAAAAUGGAUGCGCUGCUUCGAAGAUGUCAAGGGCGUGAUUUUCGUAGUUUCGCUGUCCGGGUACGACAUGCUGAAACAGACCGAGCCGAAUAUCAACCGGUUGCAGGACAGCAUCGAGCUAUUUCGGAAAAUAUCAUCGAACCGUUAUUUCCAAAAUUGUCUGAUGAUCCUUUUCAUGAACAAAAUGGAUCUCUUCCGACAAAAGAUCCUCUACUCGAAACGUCACCUCAGAUACUACUUCUCAGACUUCAAAGGACCUGAUUGCAAUGUCGACACAGCAGCUUUAUUUAUCCAGAAUCGCCUCCUGUCGGUGACGCAGAGACCUGUUUUCCCCCAUUUCAUCACCGCGGUGGAUACCGCCGACGUGAAAGCAAUCUUCGAGUCCGUUUUGAAUAUAGUCCUCAAACGGAAUGUUGAAAAAUAUGAAUUAAUAUGAGAAGGGUUGGAAUGGGG